AUGUCUACCGCUGAGAACCUCUCCUUUGUCCUCCAAGGAAUCCACAAGGUCACAUUCGAAGACCGUCCAGUCCCCGAGCUUAAGAACCCUCACGAUGUGUUGAUCAAUGUCAAAUACACCGGUAUCUGUGGCAGUGAUGUGCACUACUGGGAACAUGGCUCGAUCGGACAAUUUGUGGUAAAAGACCCCAUGGUUUUGGGCCACGAGUCCGCAGGUGUAAUUACCCAGGUCGGAUCCGCUGUCCAGUCGUUGAAGGUGGGCGACCGUGUCGCUAUGGAACCCGGCAUCUGCUGUCGUCGGUGCGAGCCCUGCAAGGGUGGGAAGUACAACCUGUGCGAGAACAUGGUGUUCGCGGCGACACCGCCGUACGAUGGUACUCUGGCCAAAUACUAUGUUCUUCCUGAGGAUUUCUGCUACAAGCUUCCUGAGAGUAUGUCUCUGCAGGAGGGUGCGCUGAUGGAGCCGUUGAGUGUUGGGGUUCACAUUGUUCGCCAGGCGCAGGUUAGCCCCGGUCAAUCGGUGGUGGUGUUUGGUGCCGGUCCGGUUGGUCUGUUGUGCUGCGCUGUCGCGACUGCCUUCGGCGCUUCCAAAGUCAUUGCGGUGGAUAUCCAACAGGGUCGUCUGGACUUUGCCAAGGAAUACGCGACCACUUCCACUUUCAUGCCGGGCAAGGUCAGCGCACAGGAGAAUGCCGAGAGAUUAAUUAAGGAGAAUGAUUUGGGUGCUGGUGCUGAUGUCGCUAUUGAUGCCUCCGGUGCGGAGCCGUCGGUACACACUGGUAUCCAUGUUCUUCGGAACGGGGGCACCUACGUGCAGGGUGGUAUGGGUCGGAGCGAGAUUCAGUUCCCCAUCAUGGCCGCCUGCUCCAAGGAGCUGACCCUCCGAGGAAGCUUCCGCUACGGCAGCGGUGACUACAAGCUGGCAGUCAAUUUGGUUGCGACGGGCAAGGUGAACGUGAAGAAGUUGAUCACAGGAACUGUCAAGUUCGAGGAGGCCGAGGAAGCCUUCAAGGGAGUCAAGGCUGGCAAGGGCAUCAAGACACUCAUUGCUGGGAUCGAUGCGUAA